GAGGCGGAGACGGAGACGGAGACAGAGCCGGAGGUUGUGGACUUAGAUGAUGAUUCGUGGAUUACAUCACUUCUUAGUCCCGAAUCCGCAACAGAGGACAACGGAACAACAGAGGAUGAUGCUUCAAAGGAGAACGAGUCAGAAGAAAGCAAGCCACCACUUGAUGAUGAUGAGCUACUUUUGCAGGCCCUUGAAGAUUGGCUCGUAAAAGAUGGUAUAAACGAGCCCCUAAAUGAUAUACCCGAAUAUAAUAUGCUCCUGGAGUUGGGCGCUGAUCCUGAGAAAAACUAUGAAAUUCUGUUUAAGGUGCUGACACCUAAACCGAUUGAAGAGAAAAAAGAAAUCGUAAAUCCAGAACUUGAUCCGAAUGAAGUGGCCGAGGAGUCAGAGGAACUAGAGGAGCUAGAGGAUAAUGAUAAUAAUGGUAAACCCAGCUCUAUGAAUGAGAAUACGAUGGCCCCGAGCGUCGCCAACAUUCCAAGGGUAGUACUUAAGCCAAUUCCCAUGCCAGGGAACAUCAACAAUAUAAACAGAGCUCCAUUUGACUUCAGUAAGCUUCAACCCCAACCUACCCAAACUUCUCAAUCGCCUAAGUUUGUAAUACCAACUUGUCCGGCGAGCAAAGUUCGAAAACCAAUUAUGCCAGGAGCUCCUACGACAAAUAGAUUUGUGCUAGAUAAGCCAGAAGCACCUAAGCCGACUUCAAGCCAAGUGAAUCUUAAGCAAGUGAUUCCUAUGGAAGUGACUCCUGGGCAAGUGACUCCUAGCCAAGUGACUCCAAGGCAAGUGACUCCUGCGCAAGUGAAUCCUGGGCAAAUGACUCCUGGGCAAAUGACUCCUAGGCAAAUGACUCAUCAGCAAGAAACUCCUAGGCAAAUGACUUCUAGGCAAGUGACUUCUAAGCAAAUGACUCCUGGGCAAAUGACUCCUGGGCAAAUGACUCCUGGGCAAAUAACUCCAAGGCAAGUGACUCCUGCGCAAGUGAAUCCUAGGCAAAUGACUCCUAGGAUAGUGACUCCUCGGCAAGUAACUCCUAGGCAAAUGACUACUAGGCAAAUGACUUCUAGGCAAGUGGCUCCUCAACUAGUAACUCCUCAGCAAGUAACUCCUAGACAAAUGAAUCCUAGGCAAAUGACUCCUAGGCAAGUGAAUCCAAGGCAAAUGACUUCUAGGCAAGGUACUCCUACGAAAGUGACUCCUCAACAAGAGACUCCAAUUCAAACGACUCGUAGGCAAGUGAAUCCUAGGCAAAUGACUCCUAGGAUAGUGACUCCUAGCCAAGUAACUCCUAGGCAAAUGACUACUAGGCAAAUGACUUCUAGGCAAGUGGCUUCUCAACAAGUGACUCCUCAGCAAGUAACUCCUAGGCAAGCGAAUCCAAGACAAAUGACUCUUAUGAAAAAGACUCCUCAACAAGUGACUGCUCAGCAAAUGAUGCCUAGAAAAGCGACUCCUCAACUAAAAACUCCUAGGCAUAUGACUACUAGGCAAAUGACUUCUAGGCAAGUGAAUCCUAGGCAAAUGACUCCUAGGCAAGCGAAUCCUAGGAAAGUGACUCUUCAACAAGUGACUCCAAGGCAAAUGACUACUAGGCAAAUGACUUCUAGGCAAGAGACUCCUAUGCCAAUGACUACUAGGCAAAUGACUUCUAGGCAAGAGUCUCCUAGGCAAAUGACUCCUCAACAAGUGACACCUCAGCAAGUGAAUCCAAGGCAAAAGACUUCUAGACAAGAGACUCCUAUGCCAAUGACUACUAGGCAAAUGACUUCUAGGCAAGAGACUCCGAGGCAAAUGACUCCUAGGAAAGUGACUCUUCAACAAGUGACACCUCAGCAAGUGAAUCCAAGGCAAAAGACUUCUAGGCAAGAGACUCCUAUGCCAAUGACUACUAGGCAAAUGACUUCUAGGCAAGAGACUCCUAGGCAAAUGACUCCCAGGAAAGUGACUCUUCAACAAGUGACACCUCAGCAAGUGAAUCCAAGGCAAAAGACUUCUAGGCAAGAGACUCCUAUGCCAAUGACUACAAGGCAAAUGACUUCUAGGCAAGAGACUCCUAGGCAAGUGACUCCUAGGAAAGUGACUCUUCAACAAGUGACACCUCAGCAAGUGAAUCCAAGGCAAAAGACUUCUAGGCAAGAGACUCCUAUGCCAAUGACUACUGAGCAAAUGACUUCUAGGCAAGAGACUCCUAGGCAAAUGACUCCUAGGAAAAUGACUCUUCAACAAGUGACACCUCAGCAAGUGAAUCCAAGGCAAAAGACUUCUAGGCAAGUGACUCCAAGGCAAAUGACUUCUAUGAAAGUGACUCCUCAACAAGUGACUCCUCAGCAAGUAACUCCUAGGCAUAUGACUACUAGGCAAAUGACUUCUAGGCAAGUGAAUCCUAGGCAAAUGACUCAUCAGCAAGUGACUCAUCAGCAAGUGACUCCAAGGCAAGUGAAUCCUAGGCAAAUGACUCUUAGGGAAGUGACUCCUCAGCAAGUGACUCCUCAGCAAGUGACUCCUCACAAUGGGACUCCUGGGCAAAUGAUUCCUAGGCAAGUGACUCUUCAGCACGAGACUCCUCAGCACGUGAAUCCUCAGCAAGUGACUCCUGAGCAAAUUACUUCUGAAGAGAUUACCACAUCGUCGGAAACCACGGUUACGGUUCAAACUACUGUAUCCAAGGCCGUAAAGGUUGUGUCUCGGCCUUAUGCCCCAAACGAAAUUCUACAGACAAAAACCGUGAUUGUUAAGAAGGAAUAUGUUUCGGAAGAGGUAAUAACUACUGAGGUAAUACCCCGGACAAACUAUCUUCAAAUCGCUUGGCCGGAACAUCCUCAACUGGCUCACGGAUGCCUUCCCCCAUUUCCUGGUCAGGUACCACCUCUACCGAUAUGCAAUACUGACGAGCAAAUUAAUAACUGGCUUCAGAUUGCUGAUAACAUGGUUGAAAACCAAAUUCUAUUUAUCGAUGCCAAGGAUAGAUUAGAAAAUAACGGUCGCCCAUUGGGCCAAGUUGAGCCAUUCGAUCUUCCCCCACAUAUUGCAAUCAUCUUUGACGAGGAAAUUCUGGGAUUUACGAAGCCGCAGAUUAAACUAAUGUCCCUCAAAUGGCACAAACAUUUUGGCGCUGAAUCGUUGGGUAAUUUACGCAGAUUUUUGCCCAUUCCGGAUCUGACAGCUGGCUUGGAUUUUCUCCAGGCGUUAACGCUCAAUAUUCCCAAAGAUAGCCCCAGAGCCGAGUUCUUUAGCAUUGAAAUGAGAUACACGAAUAUAUAUAGCAAUGUAGAAUCGAAAUCUGCAUUAAAUCUACGAAUCUCGGCACGUUCCCUUGAUCGUGCCGUCUACAAGCACCACAUUGAUGUGCUCCAGCAUUCAUAUGACACCAUUCGCAUGACUUGGAUCUGGCCCAAUGGCACGUUCUUGAUCAUCAACGGACUCACUCAGGCUGCGUUGGAGGACACCCAUCAGUUUCUGGUACCGAAAUUGGUGGAUUUAAAUUUUAAGGGUGCUCCCACUCUCAAUAUUACCUACAUGCAUCUAAUUUCCCAAACCCGUUUUCCCUGGGGGAUUGAUUUGCGUAAAUUCAGCCAGAUGGAGGCCCUGGUUGGACCACUAUUUGGUGAACACUAUUGCUACUAUGUGACUAAGGAUUUGCCUGGAGUAACGGCUCGGGUGCACGACUCUGGACAGGUGCAAGUGUUUUCCAUGCUCAUAACAACUGCCAACAAUCUGAUCUCCAGACUAUACCCCAUUAUGUUCAAAUAUCGAUUGAUUAACUCCAACGCUCUCAUUUAA